UUCUCGUGCAACGAGUUGCAGCUCGUGCUUCAGCGUUUAUCCGUGUUUUCCAUCAACGAUAGAUGGGCAUUGGAAGCAGUUCGGUGGUGAAGCGUGUAAAUAAUCAGUUACCAGUUCCCUGUGAAAGGCACAUCGAUAACGCCGUCAUGACGAAUGGUGAGGUGCCACAGUGUACAGAGAUGUUCUCCCGGGUCGUUACAUCUUGUACGGUUCCCGUUAGUGAGGCGCUUAGUGGCUACUGCACUGGUAGUGGCCACCACUGGCAGAGUCAACAGCUUAUGCUAUCAGAUGCCUCGAUGCGACAACCACGCUCGAGACAUCGUUCAUCGUUUGUGGAUUCACGACUGCACAAUUCGUACGUCGAUGCAGCCGCGCAAACUGCCAAUACUCGAAUCAGUGACAUCCGCCGGGUAGAGGAAAAUCUACGAAUGGAGAGUUUGAUGCUUAGUCUGAACCAGAAUAUUCCGAUGCCUCGGUGCUCCAGUCCAAGCCCAGCGUACUGUUUCCAUUGCGAUCACGACCAUCGAGAACGCUGUUGCUUGUACGUUGGAGAUAAGCCAGAAGACGGUCCGUACUAUUCUCGGUGGAAGCGUGAUCUAGAAAAUCCGACCGUUCGGCCGCAGUACAUUGCCAAGAUUCCGGAAGCGGUCUCCGGCAAUAGCACUCCGUUUUGGUUCCCGGCAUUCACGUACACGAAACCCGAGGACAUCAAACAAAAGAUGAUGGAAAAACAUCCACCUGUACCGCAGGUUUGGAUGCGGCAGUACUACUAUCCUAUCGUGGGUUACGGGCAUGAGCAUCAACUACUGAAUCAAGCCACCCUAAAUCCACCUACACCGUAUCAACAGUAUCUGCAACAGCAUCAGCAGGAAGUUUACCGACUAUAUUAUCAACCACAUCAGCAGCAACUCCCUGGUCAUGGUCUGAAUCUUGCCUGUAGCCAUGGUACACACGAGUGUAAAGCAGGAGGUGUUAUAUCGCCUGGGUCUUUGUGUGGUCCGGCGCAAUAUCGUAUACCUCAACAUGUGCCGAUGUCGGGUGACGAAUAUGUUCAGCAAGGUAGCCCGACGCCUUGCCAUUACUACCCAACCAGCUACUACUAUGCUGUGCAGCAACAACCGCCACAACAGCAUUACCUGCCGAUGGUUUAUCCAACUGUUUCACAUGUCCCACCGGGUUAUAUGCAUCCAGGGCACUCGCAUCACUAUGCACCCUCAGCCAACUACCCAGCUACGGCUUUACCACAGCGAGAACCAACACCUCCAAUCCAGGCAACCUCCACCCCACUCUGGCUCCUGUUUUGUCAGAAGUUGUCGCGCAAGUUUCCUGAUCGUUGUAAAAAGAGCUCACCAAGCAAGGCAUCGCGGUCGACAGGUAAAAACUACCAUCCAGCGCGUCACAACCCUACAACAGUAAAUCAUCAAUUGCUUCCAACAUCAACGAUGUCUGACCAUCUGCCGCCAAAGUACUCCAACAUCGAUCAUCAUCUCCAUCAUCUGCAGUAUUCGGCCAGCAUUCAGCAGCCCCAUUAUCCUUCUCCAGUUGUUGUUCCCGGGCCUCACCCUACAUUCUACAGUCACGUCCCGCCACAAGGAAUGAACGAUAUGGGAAUGUAUUACGUAACACCCGCGCCGGUGUGAGAGGAAUUACAAGGAACAACAAGAAGGUGUAUAUAAGCGGUCAUACGCAAGGACUCGGAAUGAUUGACAAAGAGCUGGAAGCUUUUUAAUAAUGAAGCAAGAAAAUUCCCUUAUCACUCGCAAUAAUAGUUAUAGAUAUCUAGUUAGGUAAUUUAUGUGUUCUAAAUAAACCAUUCACAAUAAAUUCUGUUGCAUACA